AUGAUGAACCAGCGCCACGACGGCGGUAUCGCGACGAGACCCCGCCGCGGCAAGAACGAGCACGCCGCUACCGCGACGAAGAACCAGCACGGCGUUGUCGUGAGGAAACCCCUCCGCGUCGCCAGCGCGACGAAACCCCACCACGCCGUUAUCGCGAUGAUACGCCACCACGGCGACGGCGCUAUGAAUCUCCACCGCGACAACGGUAUCACCAGUCGCCGCCACGGCGUCGCUACGAUGAGUCGCCUCCACGGCGAUCGCGGUAUGAACCCUAUGAAUCCCCGCCACGGUGGCGGCGCUACGAGUCCCCAAGUAGGCGCCGUGAUGAAUCCUCGCCGCGUCGUCGACGUGAUCAAACGCCAACACGCCGUCGACGUCAAGAAUUCCCAAUUCCCACCACGGCGUCACCACCAAGAAUCACCACGGUCCACGAGGACUGAGUAUGUAUCUCCUCCGCCUAAAUCUGGAAUAGAACCCGAGGAUUCCCCACCAAACUCCGUCCUUGCAGGCAUCAACGAGAUGAUGACCGCAGUCAACCUCAACUCCGGCAAACCCUCCGACGUCCCUACGCCCACAGAGACACAAGCGAACCCUUGGGUGGAAUGGGCGAAGACCCUCAACGAUUCGUUCGAUGAUCCGCUCAAUAACUCACUAGAGAACGAAUCCAAUCAUGCCUGCUACGGCCACUCAGUCAAGAAGGGCAGCGAACCUCAGAAAAUUAGGAUGCAUUGUGCACCUGACGACGAAGAAAUCCUUGGCAAGACGAAUCUCGAAGACAGCCGCGGGAAUGAAUACAUCUUGAAUGACUUCGGCAGCUUCCCCGUUGGCGAUGUACCGGAAUGGGCCCUCAAAAAGUGGAACGAAUGGCAUGGUGAUUGGGUGGUCUGUGUCGACUGCAAGCUGUUUGGGCUAAGUUGCAGCCAUUGCUACCCGUGCAAGAAUUGCAAGGAUCAUGGACUGCAAUGCCGGAUCUCCAAGGCCAAGCCAUCCGAAUACUCAACCAGUUCACCCCACUUCGGCAUCAAGGACGAGGAGAUGCAUGCAUACACUGAAAACCUCAUCUUAUCUAUCAAUCCGGGUGUACAUCUCUAUAUCUGGUCCUUCGACACCGAUCCGGCCAGCCUCGGCAAAUGUGGCUGCAACAAAUAUGGCCGUGCAAGGUCAAAGAAUCAACUUCCAGAAGGAAAGGUGGCACUCCCGCAAUGCCCCCAUAACCCACAAGGCUACUCGACUCGAUACCCCUUGUCGACUUCGCUCGUCCAACACUUUCUGAUGAAGCGAAUGACACCAGAAAAACAGCACGACUACACCGGAUGGCUCAUGAUGGCCAACAUAUGCUUCGGCCUUGAAGACAUCGAACCAGUUGAAGAAUAUGGCACGCAUCAACGCCAGGCACUCAUGAACCUGAAGGAUUGGGAGAGGAGAGGGAACCCGGGUGACUCCCAGCCUCAAAUCUCUCUCUACCCCUUGACGGCUGGCAGCUGA